UUGAACCAACGGCUGAGAUUUCGCUGUUAGCUUUGAAUGCAAUUCAUGGCCCCACACAACAACACUUUCUGAACUCUCUCUCCUCUCUCUCUCUCUCUGCUUAUUCAAAUAGUUUUCAAGAGACAGAUUUAGUAGUCUUCAUUUCCCACAAGAUUACAAUACAACUCCAUCCACUAGUAUUUCAAGGGUUCAUUUGGAUUUUUCACAUUUGGGUUUUUGAAAUCCGUGCUCAAUUUGUAUACUUGGUGGAUUGGUGGAUUUUCCCUUCUGGGUUUCUGGAGAAACAUAUCUAGGGCACCAAGUUUCACAUUCUCACGAAUGGGUUGCUUUUGUUUUCGCCAUUCUUUUCUGGGUUGUUCUUAAAAUUGUUUGCUUUUUCUUUUUACAAGUGUUGGGUCGGUGAGAUGAUGAAGUAUUGAAGUUGACAAGUGUCGAAAUUUUCCAGAGGGCAAAAAUGGUGGGCACUGCGAAAAAUGGGAGGGUCCGGCACGCCUUCUCGGUGGUGAACGGGGGCCAAGAGUUGGGUCCGAGCAGCGCUCCGGUGAGUAAUGCCGGUUCGGAGAGCGGUGGUAUUGAGUUUACCAGAGAGGAUGUUGACUCACUGUUGAAUGAGAGACCCAAAAGGAAGGACAGGUUCAGUCUCAAGGAAAAAUGUGAGACUAUGAGUGAGUAUAUUAAAAGGUUGAAACUUUGCAUAAAGUGGUUUCAAGAGCUUGAAGAAAGCUACUUAAUUGGGCGCGAGAAGUUAGAGAAUGAUGUGGAAGUUUCAGAGCGGCAACGGGAUGAAAUGGGGAUCUUACUGAAAAACAAGGAAGAAGAACUGAAUUCGAUUAUUGCGGAGCUGAGGAAAAACUAUGCUUCUUUACAAGAGAAAUUUACGAAAGAAGAGUUGGAUAAGAUGGCUGCAAUGGAAUCUCUCGCGAGGGAAAGAGAGGCUAGACUUGAAAUUGAGCGAUCACAAAAUUCCCUAUCGGAUGAGCAUGGGAGAGUUCAAAGAGAGCUUUCAAGUGCUACACAGAAGAUAACUUCACUGAAUGAUAUGUACAAACGAUUGCAAGAAUACAUUGCAAGCUUGCAACAGUACAAUAGUAAACUGCACAACGACCUCUCUACAGUUGAGGAAGACUUUAAGCGCGUAGAGAAGGAAAAAGUUAGUAUGGUGGAGAACCUGAGCAUGCUAAGGGGUCAACUUUCAGUGUCCAGACAAACUCAAGAUGAUGCUAUAAAGCAAAGGGAUGCUUUGGUAAAUGAAGUUGCAUCCCUUAGGAUGGAGUUGCAACAAGUGAGAGAUGAUCGGGAUCGUCAUAAAUUCCAAGUGCAGAACCUAACAGCUGAAUAUACAACAUACAAAGAAUCCACCGAGAAAUCUAGUUUUGAGGUGGAUAACCUCAAAUCAAAAUAUACCAAACUGGAGGUAAGAUGUCUGUCUCAGACUGACCAGAUAAGGACAUUGAAGGACCAACUAAUGAUUGCAGAGGAGAAAGUACAGAUGUCCAACUUAACUACACUGGAAACAAGAACUGAAUAUGAAGGGCAAAAGAAACUUAUAAGUGAGUUACAAACUCGCCUGGCAGAUGCAGAAUUCAAACUUAUUGAAGGAGAAAUGCUGCGUAAAAAGUUGCACAACACUAUCUUGGAACUAAAAGGGAACAUCCGUGUAUUCUGUCGAGUGCGACCUUUGUUGGCGGAUGAAGACGUAAGCACUGAAGGGAAGGUUAUCUCUUAUCCAACAUCAAUGGAUGCUCUUGGACGGGGCAUUGAUUUAGUGCAACCUGGGCAAAAACAUUCUUUCACAUUUGACAGAGUUUUUAUGCCUGAAAUAUCACAAGAAGAUGUGUUUGAAGACAUUUCACAGCUCGUACAAAGUGCUCUUGAUGGUUAUAAGGUUUGCAUUUUUGCCUAUGGUCAGACAGGAUCAGGGAAAACCUAUACCAUGAUGGGUAAACCAGGAGAUCGAGACCAAAAAGGGUUGGUUCCUCGUUCAUUAGAACAAAUUUUUAAAACCAUACAGUCUCUUCAACCACAAGGUUGGAAAUAUGAAAUGCAGGUGUCGAUGUUGGAAAUAUACAAUGAAACUAUUCGUGAUCUGUUAGCACCCAAUCGAUCAUCUUCAGAUAUGUUGCGAGAAAAUGGUAUUGGUGGAAAGCAAUAUACAAUCAAACACGAUGCAAAUGGGAACACUCAUGUCUCUGAUCUUACCAUUGUGGAUGUGUGCACUGCUAAAGAGGUCUCAUAUCUCUUAGAACGGGCUGAGCAUAGCAGGUCUGUAGGCAAAACUCAAAUGAACGAGCAAUCUUCAAGAAGCCAUUUUGUUUUCACACUACGGAUAUCUGGUGUUAAUGAGAGCACUGAACAACAAGUACAAGGUGUUCUGAAUCUUAUUGAUCUUGCUGGGAGUGAACGACUUUCCAAGAGUGGGUCAACGGGGGACCGACUGAAAGAAACUCAGGCCAUCAACAAAAGUCUGUCAUCUUUAAGCGACGUGAUAUUUGCCUUGGCAAAGAAGGAGGACCACGUACCAUUUAGGAACUCAAAGCUUACAUAUCUUCUUCAGCCAUGUCUAGGAGGAGACUCAAAGACAUUGAUGUUCGUAAACAUUUCUCCUGAGCCCUCCUCAGCAGGUGAAUCACUCUGUUCCCUUCGUUUUGCCUCAAGGGUAAACGCUUGCGAUAUUGGGGUUCCACGGCGUCAGACCAGCAUGCGGCCUCCAGAGUCACGUAUGAGCUAUGGUUGAUCUUUGAUCCAAGACUUCUUUUUUGAUUUAAAAGUAACCGCUGGUUUGUAUUAUGUACUAGUAGUACCGUGAAGCGAAAUUCAAGAGUUAUUCUAACGUAGGCUUGUCUGUAUAGUGAAGAAAUAGGAUAUGCGUGCCAGUAAAUUCGGAGAACUCUAUUCUAACUAGUGAUUUGAUUGAGCUUCAUUACUCGAUAAUCUUUUUCCUCA